CGCCGGAAACAGCUGCUGCUUUUAUUAAUUUUAUACUAAUUCUUCGUCUCUCUCCGACACUUUGGACGGCCUAUACUCCCCUUCUUCGUCUAACACCGACGGGCGACGACGAAGAGGGGCUCAAUCGGAGAGAAUGCGGAGAGGCGGAGGCCGUCCGGAGCUCGAUUAGACUACCCAAGUCCCGGCUGGUGCUGCCAGAACAAUUCAUUGGUUCCUCUAAGCAGGAAUUAGUUUUUUUCCCCAGUUUUUGGGAAAUUGCGACAUGAAUCUCUAGCCUGAUUUUUCCCACUCCGGUUCCAGUAGAGUUUUACUUCUGCUAUCAAGAAUGAAAUAUUAGAAUCAGUCUGAUCUACAUCUUCUGUGGCACUACCGAGAUACUGAUUCUCCCACCUUGAAAUCAAAUAUUGGAGCCAUGGUUCUUGGUCUCCGGUCAAAGCAAAAGAAGGGCACUUCAUUUCUUGUGGACUGCAUCAUCCACAUCCAUGAAAUAAAACCAUGGCCACCAUCCCAGUCCCUGAAAUCCCUGCGCUCUGUGGUCCUGCAUUGGGAGAAUGGGGACCGCCAUUCUGGGUCCACUAGCAUUGUCACCCCUAACCUCGGAUCAGGUGCUGCAGAAGGGAAGAUAGAAUUUAAUGAAUCCUUCAAGCUUCAAGUCACAUUGUUAAAAGAAGGUUCAGGCAAAAGUAAUGAUAAAGGUGCAUUUCAGAAGAAUGCACUUGAGUUCAACUUGUACGAACCCAGGAGGGAUAAGUCUAAAGGGCAGCAUUUGGGCUGUGCAAUAAUCGACUUGGCAGAGUACAACAUAGCUAAAGAAACUGUGGCCGCUGGCAUCCCAGUAACCAGCAAGAGAAGCUUCAGGAACACAAUGCCACCAAUGCUAUAUGUUAAGAUCCAACCCAUAGACGAUGCAAACAUGGGUUCUACAUCAGGAGCGAGUCUCUCAAAGGAGGUAUCAAUAGAUAAGGAUGUGAAGGAAUCAGUGUCAGACUUGAUGAAUGAGGAGUACGCCGAUGAAGCUGAAAUUGCAUCCUUCACUGAUGAUGAUGUCUCUUCGCUUUCAUCUCUUGACCACUCUUCAUCUGCUCAAGAGGUCAAAGCAGAUACCUUGCUUCAUGGUAACCCAGAAGAGAACAAGAAUGUGCCCGAGAUAGUGAAAUCAAAUGGAGUGGCGAGUGAUUCUGAAUCCAAAUUAUGUUUGCCAUCUUCGCCUGCAAAAUUGGAGUUGGAGUUAACAGAAACAUCCCAUCUAAAGGAUGCUGUCCAUGAUCAAAAUGAAACUUUGGUCAAGUCUCAAUCACUAGGCUCUUUAAGCAAUACUGAGUGGCUAGAAAAUAUCGAUGAGACCUAUACUAAGUCAGAAACUAAUUUGUUGCUCAGCAUGAAAUCAGAUAACAUAAGCACUGUAGCAUGUUCAUCUUCAACUCACAAAAUUCCAGAGGAAGAAAUUAGUUAUAGCAGAACAAAAGAUGCUACAGUUGGGAAUUCUAUGAUUCAGGAAGUUGAAAAAAAAUCAAUAGGCUGCAAUAACAGAGAAAAUAUUGCAGAAGAAUAUGUACAUGCAGAAGAUAAUAGUCUAAUCACGAAAAAAGUUGAAUCUUCUAAUUUUGCACCUCAGACAAAAGAGUCUAACAUAUCUGAAUCAGAGAAAAAUAUAAAGCAGACUGGGAAAUCACAGGAAAGUAGAAAGGUUUCAGAGGAAGACUUGGAUGAGCAUGAUAAGGAUAACAUUUCCAAAGAGAAGCAAAUGGGAUCAGUAAACGGUACCAAAAUUCAUGGUGAUCAUCUUACUGUUAGUCAAACUAUGAAUGAGGCCCUUGAAAAUCCUAUUGAUACAACUGCAAGCAUAGAACAUAUCGCUGACAUUCAGCAAGGAGAAAUUAAGCAAAGUACUGGGACUCUGUCGACUGAUUCAGCCUCUUCUAGCUGUAGAUCUCUUGGUGAGAGGCAUCAUAGUAGUUCGUUUAAUACUGAAAGGUUGAGGACUAUGAAGCUUUCCGUAAGAUCACCCCCACGCUCGAUGGGAAGCAUAACAUAUGGUGCUAAUGACCAGGAUAAAGAAUAUGUUAAAGAAGUUGAUAUCCAAGAAGAUGUGUCUAAUAAUGGCACAAAUUCUGGCACUGAUGAUGGAAGGGAUGACAAUGAAAGUACAAGCUCAGGUUCAAGUAAAGUGAACCAAUUUCCUAGAAGAAAUGGGAGAAGCUUUUACAAUGACAAAGUCCAUGAGUUGGAGCUCAGAGUCAAGUUACUUGAAGCAGAGCUGAGAGAAGCUGCUGCCAUAGAGAUAGCCCUUUAUUCUACCAUGGCUGAACAUGGGAGUUCGUCACAUAAAGUUCACACUCCUGCUAGAAGGCUUUCAAGGAUGUAUAAUCAUGCUUCAAGACAAUGGCCAAUUGAAAGGAUCACAAGUGCUGCUAGGAGUAUUGCAUCAGGACUAGCCUUGGUUGCAAAAGCAUGUGGAAAUGAUGUGCCAAGGUUGACUUUUUGGUUAUCAAACACAAUUGUUCUAAGAGCCAUAGUGACAGAAACAGUCAAGUUCCCAGACACUAAGCAGUCUGCUACUACCCGCCUCAGAUAUAAUGGAUCUGUGAAGUUACCUAAGAGCAAACCUUCACCUUUGAAAUGGGAAUCUAUUUCUCGUAACAAUGAGCAAUUUUCUUUGUCUGGAGACUGGAAUGACCCAGCUACCUUCAUUUCAGCACUGGAAAAGAUUGAAAGCUGGAUAUUCUCCCGAACAAUUGAAUAUGUAUGGUGGCAGAUUUUCACUCCCUGUAUGCAGUCUAGCCAUGUAGGUGGCGGACAGUUGUUAGGAUCAUACUCGAGCAAAAGCUUUGGUAAGAUGCCAAGCAUGGGUGAUCCACAAGCAAAUGUGUCCUUAAAAAUUUGGAAGAAAGCUUUCAAGGACGCUUCUAAACAACUUUGCCCUCUUAGGAGUGAAGGGCUUGAGUGUGGAUGCUUGCCUAUGUUAUCUAGAAUGGUCAUGGAACAAUGUGUGGCAAGACUUGAUGUGGCUAUGUUCAAUGCUAUUUUACGUGAAUCAGAUGACAACAUCCCUACAGAUCCAAUGUCAGAUCCCAUCAGUGAUUCCAAGGUUCUGCCUAUCCCUACUGGAGGAUUAAGCUUUGGUUCUGGAGCUCAACUUAAAAAUGCCGUUGGGAAUUGGUCUAGAUUACUGACUGACCUGUUUGGUAUGGAUGUGGAUGAAUCUCAUGCUGAUGGCAACAGUCUAGUCGACAGGAUAACAGUUACAAAAUCAUUUAAAACCUUCCAUUUACUGAAUGCACUUAGUGAUCUUCUAAUGCUUCCAAAGGAUAUGCUUUUAGAAAAGUCAAUCAGAAUAGAGGCAUGCGCAAUAUUUAGUCCAAAUGUGAUCUACCAUAUUCUUGAUAGAUUUCUACCAGAUGAAUUUUGUCCAGAUCCAGUUCCUAAUGCUGUCCUUCAAGCACUGGAAUCUGAGGAAUAUGCUGACAGUAGCCAGGAGGAGAUAAAAAAUAUUCUUUGUAACGCAUCUCCUGUAAUCUAUUCUCCACCAUCAAUUAUCUCCAUCAAGAGCUUCAUUGAAGAGCUACGAGCCACCUCACUUACAAGGACUCAGUCAUCUGUUGUCCGAAAAUGUCACACAAGCGAUGAUGAGCUAGAGGAAUUGGAUUCACCACUAUCUUCCAUCACGGACAAGUCCUUCAGUCCUAGAUUUGAUAACAAAGCAAAUGACAACUUCAGUUCUAUCAGAUACCAGUUGCUCCGUGAGGUUUGGAGAAUGGAUGAUUAGUCACUUAUUCUUGAAUUUGUUUGUUUUCUUUUUGGCAUUGCGUUUUGUAUGUAUAAUUGCAGAAAAUAAAGUCCUCAAGUGUAUACUUUUUUUUAUUAACUUGAGUCGCAUAGGGAUGCAUGAUUCCUUUAAA